CACGCCGACCAUACGUUCGAACUUUUGAUUCUUAUUUUUGUUCGAUACUCCAUAUUGGAAUGCAUUUCUCUAUCUCUUUUAAAGUGUCCCCAAAAAUAAUAAAGUGUCAUUUUAAUGACAACUCCACUUAGCUUAAGUGUUAGUUCAACAAAGAAAAGGUCGCCUGACGAGGAGGAUGAAUUAGCCAUGGAGAAAGAAAAGCAAGAGGAGGAGGCUAGCCAGAGGGAACACCAACCACCAUAUAUUUCGAGGAUGCAACCACUUACAAAGGAACAUACGGUGGUGGCAUGUAUGGGAAGGAUGAUGAAACUCCGGCCACGAAAGUGGAUAAGGCACCGGCAAGUGAAACACAAAGUGCUGAUGGACCAAAGGAAGCAGCCUCUAUUCAGCCGGAAAAUAAACCUCCACAGUCUUCCGGCCACCGUGACAUUGAUAUCACCGGACAAUCCUACAUUCAAUAGCUUAGGAUUGACAGGAGAGUCUAAACUUUGUUUGCACGGUUGUUACGUGUCGUUUUAUAAUGUAUCGUGUUAUAUAGUAUCGCGUUGUGUUGUACUUUAUUGUAUAUACGGAAAAGGCUCAAAUAUGUCAUCCAUCUAUCAGAAAUGGCUCAUUUAUGUCACUCGUCAAUAGUUUGGCUCAUUUAUGCCAUCGAACUACAGGAAAUGGCUAAUUUAUGCCACUCAUCAAUAGUUUGACUCAUUUAUGCCAUCACCUGUUACCAAAAUGACUCAUCCAUAUCAUAUUUCAUUAAAGCUGGUUUUACAAUAUCAUAUAUGACAUGUGGCCUCCAACUAGAUUAUGAUUGUGGGUGGGUAAGGUGUAUGGGUCGGAUUUUUUAUUAAUUUGGUAUUUAAAAUUGGGCUGGUUUAAUUAAACAACAUAGACCUCUAAUUGGAGGCUAGGUGUCAUAUCUGGUAUUAUAAAAUCGGCGUUAAUGAAAAAUGGCAUGGAUGAGUCAUUUUAAUAAUGGGAGAUGGCAUAAAUGAGUCAAACUAUUGAUGAGUGGCAUAAAUGAGUCAUUUCCUAUAGUUAGAUGACAUAAAUGAGUCAUUUCCUAUAGUUCGAUGGCAUAAAUAAGCCAAACUAUUGACGAGUGGCAUAAAUGAGUCAUUUUUGAUAGUUAGAUGGCAUAUUUGAGCCUUUUUCGUUGUAUAUAUUUUG